GGCAGCCUCUGUUGACUUCCGGGAACAUGGCGAUCACCGGGGAGGCGGAUGACCACUGGCAGAGUGCAAGGGGAGUGUAACGGAAGGCUGUGCUCCCCGGUUACAGGCCUGACAGACGAGUCCUCCGCGCCGACGGGACACGAGUCUCGUGUGUGGAUCUGUGUCGAGAUCACAGAGAGAAACAUUUCCGCUUAGGAAGCUUUACCUUCACCUACACUGAUAAAAUCACUGACUUUAGCUGCUGAAAAAGAGUCGCGCAUGUUGAUCAAGCCAUGUCCUACCGGAUCGCACCAAAUUCACGCACUAUAUUAGCCAUAUUUUAAUAAAACUGUCUCGGUUUCGUGACGCAAAGCAGAUGAACCUCAUCAUUUAACACGCAGAUCGUGUGAUAUCAUCGUCGGUGCAGCAGUUUGUUAGCAGCGCGCAGCUCUGCUCCUCUUCCGGGGCCUCAGCAGAUACUCCACAAAUCCUGCUUUUACAACAUGUCAGUGCCGUUAAAGCCUUUAUUAAAUAUCAGUUUGUAAAUCCACGCGGCUGUGCAGCACAGUCAACCAUUGGAUGAUCUGAAUCGAGAGCCAAUGUCACCAACACCCGCAUGUGAACUCAUCCUCCUGACUCUGCACAUCCAUCCCUGCGCCAGCCUCUGAGAGAAACAUGAGUGUUCUUUUGAACUUCACUGCUGGACCACCCUAUUUACCAUGCUGGGGCUGUCUGUAUGCUUUGGCCUCUUAACCUGCAGGAGAUUCUCCUUGCCCCACCAGCGUUCUCUCCUACUGAGUUUAGGUGCCCUCACUAGUAUGUACACACCACGUAUGUACAGCGGUGGUGGGGGUAAGCCAGGACGCCGCAUCGGCCUGAUGGGAGGAGGGCCGCCCCUGCUGGAGAACCACCAUCAUCAGCUCCCGCCUCAUAACCCUCAUGUCCGUCAGCCUCAGAGCUACCCACCUGUUUAUCAAGCCCGUCUAGACGCCCACCGGCCCCACUACCAGACCCACCAGCACUACCACACACACCCUCAAGUCACCCACCUCCCCCCUCCACACUACCAGCCUCAUGCACAUUUGCACUAUGGCAAGAAGAAGACCUGGAACUUCAUCCAUGAGAAGAUGAGCUACGACACCUUCUUCACCAUGAAGCGGCUGAUCGAUCGCUCGCGCACCGUGGAUGAAGUUCUGCGCUGGGUCACCCAGAAUCCAGGGAAGAUCUCGCACAAUCAUUACCCCAUUGCCCUACAGAAGAUCGGUCAGCUGCUGGUGCAGCAGCAGGCUGGAGGUCAGGCGGGUGGAAGCGGAUCAGGCGGCAGUGGAGGAGCGGGUGAUGGGGCCUCACCUGCAUCCUCUGCUGGAGGUUCGGGGGAGAACGCCAUACGACAGAUUCUGGAUAAUCAGGAUUUUCAGACGCUCUGUGAUGCCAUUGUCAGUGACUGUGCCAAGUUUGACAACUUCAGCAUUGUUAACUGCCUUUAUGCUGUAGCUGCUCUUGGGCUGCCCAGUGACUCUCAGAUCGUACAGGUUCUGGAGGAAGAGUCCCAGACUCGCCUGUCCCAGUUUAACCAAAAGGACAUCUCCAUGGUUUUCAGCAGCAGCAUGAAGCUUCAUCCGUCCAGCCAGCAUCCCUUGAUUGAAUCAUGUCUCGCCGGGCUAGAGAAGAACAUUGAGCGGGAGCGCCAUCCCCAGACGCUCUUCCUCCUGCUCUCCUACUACCGCACUAAAUGGAGAGCGCUGCGGGCGGCAGAUGGAGUCUCUCCUGAGCAGCUGGUGGUGAACCGGAAGAUCCUGCGGCUGGUGAAGCACACACUGGCCAGUGUUAGCAGUGUCAGGGACCAUGAGAUGGCUCUGCUGGAUGAGAUGCUGUCAGCUUGUGCCAGGGAGGCUAGCAACAAGAGCCUGGAGCUUAUCUUCAGCUCUCACCUCUUCUACCAGAACAGGCAGGAGAAGUUUGUGAGCAGCCUUGCAGAGGAGUUGCCUAAAAAGGUUGAUAGCAUUACGCCUUACACCAUGGCCCUCAUCGCCAAAUACAUCGCUCGCCAUCGGCUCAGAGAAACACGCUUGCUAGACACCAUCGCUGACUUCUUGGUCAAGAAGGGUGAAUACCUGGACAGCAAGGUGAUCCAGAAGCUUGUUUUCCCGUUCAGUCGUAUGAGUUAUCGGCCGGCUAAUGAAGCUCAGUUUUUCUCCAAGCUGGAGAUGGUGCUUGAACUAAAGGCUCCGAGUUCUCCGCUGGCCACCGUAAACAUCCUCAUGUCUUUGUUUCAGCUGGGCCAUUUCCCUGGGCUCGUUCUUCACCGUGUCUUCUCUCCAGCGUUCAUCAGUAAUGUCACCAACAGCCCAUAUGCUCUGAUUGUACGACGCUAUCUUUCAUUACUGGAUGCAGCCGUCGAGCUGGAAUACAGGGACUACACUGGACCUCGCCUUCAGGAUACACACAAAGUGCUCAUGUUCGACCACGCUUUAACUGCAGAUGAGGUGAACCGCAAAUACAGUUAUAAAGGUCUGGUUGCAGAGGCACUCCGGCAGCUUGUUGGUGAGCACGGCUACAAACAAGAUGAAGUUCUCGCACCAGGAUAUUACACAGAUUUCCUGCUGUGGGUGGACAGCACGGGCCGUGUCCUCCCCAUCAGAACAGGCACAUCAGCAGCAGGUUCAGCCGCGUGUGUAGUACUGAACCUCAAAUCUCCAGAGGGGCCCGGCUCUGUCGCAGCCCUUACUACUGACUUCCAGAAGUUCUCUCCCUUUGCCCCAUUACUGGAGGAAGGGGUCGACAUACAAGCACCAGAGGAAUCUGCCUUCCUGUCUGCUCCCAUGCGUCCCCCAGCAGCAGCAGCAGCAGGAGGAGGAUCUCAGAGCGUCGGUCCUAAUGGAACGGUCUUGCUGGACUACAACCCAUAUUACACCACUUCAGAUUAUUACUCGACUCUAGCCAAGGAACACUCUCUGGAGAGCCAGGACAGCUCCACGCUCAGUAGCCCCUCAGACUGCCUGACCCAGACAGGACCCUCUGUUCCAGGCGCGGUUGCACCGCAAGACUCCCUGUUCCAGUUCUCCAUUGGAAAAAUCCUGGAGGACGAGGGAGGUGCUGCAACAGGAGCAAACCCGGGGCCAGACUGUGAGAUCGCUACAUUUUACGAAGGUGUAUCGUACCCAGAGAGGGGUGAGAGUGAUGUUGUGGCCGCUUCUCCACUGCAGCUUCACAACCCAGACCACCCUGAAGCUGACCGGACCCCAGGAGAGCAGGUGAAGAGGGUUAUUAUGUCUGUAAAUGAUAAAUGGCAUUACUGUCAUAAUUCUGACGUGCUGGUCGGGUCCAGGGCGAUGAGAGAUCGUCACCUGCAGUUACUGGGCUACAUCAUACUACAGUUGCCCUAUUUGGAAUUGGAGAAGCUGAACGGGAUAGAGGAAGUGAAGCAGUACCUACAUAAAAAGCUGCUGGAGGUUCCUUUAUGACGACAUUAAUGGAGUGUGUUUGUGUGCUUCAAAGAUUAUGUGCGACAUCCACAGUUUCAAGAGGUUUCGCUGUUUUCAGAAAGACUAUGUUGUACUUAUGUGUCUGUGUGUGUAUGUGAGCAUCUGUAAGUGCGUUUGUACACAGGAUGUGUACAGUCCUUGAUUUCAGGACAAAACUUUGGCUGACACAAGGAACCUGGGUGGGUGUUGUUGUUGUUAUUCUUUAAUUACACAGAGAUCCUCUCUGGGCAAAGUUCAAAAUAUAUGUAGUCUAACUGUGCCUGGAUGAUACAGCUUAUUCAGCGUCAUCAAGCAAACAUUACUUCCCUCCAUUCAUUCUCAAUAACCAUCACAAAACAUCAG